AUGCGCCUCUUCAAACCAAUCGUCAGCGUCAAUCACCUUAUACUUACUCAGUUGAACCCGCUUCGCUAUGAAGGGGCAAAUUUGCUUUGGGAAGUGCUGCUCCUUAGAACUUUGCUUUCCAGUAUUCUGGGGAGCUAUGUUACAUUUCCACUAUUGCGAGUGCACUGGAUCCCUGCGCAAAUGAAUACCGAGCCAAAAAGAAAGUCACUCGUACUCUGA